GAAUGAACAUAGGCCUAUUAAAGCCCAACUGCUGUGUCAAAGUUCAGAUGUUUUGUGUUUGUGGUCAUGAGGCUACUUAUUUCAAGCUAUUUUGUGACGUUUGGUACGAAUUGAUUGAUUAGGCUACUACGUCACCCGAAAACAGGGACUUGGAGGGGGAUGCAACAGGUAGGCUAUACUGCCCUCCUUGACCAAUUUACCUUAUUAUCCUGUAUUGCGGAUUGUAUCCUUCUUAGCCUUAAUCGACCGUGGCAAUUAGGUUAAAUGGCUAUAUGACCACCCAGCAAUUAGCCCAUUGUUCAUUUGCCAGGUAAGGCCUUCAGUUUGCGUCUCAUUAAGCGUGGUUGCUUUGAUCGGUAGACUGCAGGUGGUUCACUUAAUAGCUAUAAUUUGUAGUUUAUUUUUAUUGUCUACACCCAUUUCCUUUGACCUAUUUCAGAUCUCAAUAAAACGUAUUGCCUAAUGAAUCGAAACGGUAUUCAGAUAUCAGAUCAGGGUAAAAUAACUACAUUUUGGAAAUAAGAUAAGACGUAGGCCUUUACUUUAUUAUCACUGCUGUAGUAGCCUACAGGUCGUGCGUGUGUGUGCGUGCGUGCGUGUGUGUGUGUGUGUGUGUGUGUUUGUAUAUACUUUCUCCUCAAUGCUUACAGUUGCCACUGCGCACCACAUACAGCUCGUGUCAGUACGAGACCCCUACUCAUGUUUCCGUUCCCUGUGAAGCCCUUUUUACCGACAGGGCGUUCCGAGGACCACAUCAAAAGGUUUUUAGAGCCCCUACAAAAGAAAAAUGGAAACUGGAGAUCAUCUCAGACUGAAUGAAUUGACAAUGAGCGCGCGAGCCCCAGGAGCCGAAAACUUUUUAACUAUCUUUUUUUUUUUAUUCCAGCUGACUUUUGAUCUUUAGUAUCCUGAGCCCACGUUAUUUUCCUCCCUCAUUCUACAACUUGUUCAUUGCAUUAGUCACUUUUGAUGGAUGAAAUGCCUAUAGCUAUAUUUUCGUUUGUGCUGAGAUGAAGCCUAAUAUAAGCUACUCUGUGCCGAUUGGGGCUGGGGUACUUUUCCUUUCAAUUUUUUAACACCUGUGGUUGAUUUGUGAUCUUCCUUAUAUUCCUUCCUUAUUAUUCCCGACUUGACAUUUUGGAUUGAAAACGUUAAACGUGGUUUUGGGCUUCAUCGUCCAGAGGGAUACAAACGUUUACGGAGAUGACAGUGUGGGAUACAGUAAAGACAGUUGAGCAAUAACCCCCACUUUCCUCCCCCUGCCUCUCUCGCGUCUCAGAUGUGGACAGGUAGUAACUCUGUCACAGCAGCGCACGUCUCGCGCUGUCCACGCUCCAUACCUAAAACCGUCACCACCCCAUGCACGUGCGUCCUGUGGGAGGUUCCCCUUACCUCCCUUUGCGUUAAACACUCCUCGAAUUGUAACGUUAUCAUAAACAGUCCGACUUCGGGGGACCCAUAAUCAACUCUCUCGAGCUUUAACGAGACUUCUCAUUGGACGUCAACACGCGACCAGCGCGAGGAGGGGGGCUCCCGGACGCGUGCCGCUUUUUAAACGGACGCCGCGCCGCGAGACACCAGAGAAGGAGUCCCGCACGCGACAGUCAUAGUCAUAGCGUGCCUUCAAGAACUUUCCCCAAAAAAAACUUUUCGAGAUUGUAACUUCACAUCGGCCUGCCCUUUUUGACGCUCUUGGAAACAUGGAUGUUGAAAUGAUGGAAGAGUGGAGCAAAGGCGCACAAGAGGUGGCAGUGCUCGACUUGAAGCAGCAGAGCCAGAGAGUGAUGAAGAAGGGGGGAGAGCAGCAGCUCGAGGAGUCCCGCUACGAACCUGGACUGACGCUCGUGGACAGCGGCAUUGACCCACGCGCCUGGCUGGCUCUCAUGCAGCCUUCUGGCACCUGCGCGGCACACGACACUUCACCAGAAUACCUGCGCCACUCGCCAAGCUCAAGCACCGGCUCCUACCAAGAGAGUGGCUCCCCGGGGUCCUCUGGCCAUCCCAGCCCUCCCAGCUACAGAAAAACUGCCAAGAGCCCCUCCUCUUCUUCCAUCAAAGUCAGGGAUCUGUGCCGUCUCAAAGGCAUGGUCACCGGGCCCGAGGUGGACACGAGACAGAGAGCCCCGUCCAGCAAAUCCACCGGUGGGGUCCACAAACAGAGGCGCGUGGCCGCCAACGCGCGCGAGAGACGGCGGAUGCACGGGCUGAACCACGCGUUCGACGAGCUGCGCAGCGUCAUCCCGGCGUUUGACAAUGACAAGAAGCUCUCCAAGUAUGAGACUUUACAGAUGGCGCAGAUUUACAUCAACGCUCUCGCUGAUCUGCUUGAAGGUCCGGUCUCCUCCAACAACAAAAACAGCAAUAACGACGCGUCAAACAACAACAACAACAACAACAACAACUCGCCAAAGUGUGACAUCAUGCCUUUAUCCGCAGUUGGACUAGACGUGACGAAGGACAGGGUUUCUCCGUCUCCUGUGCCCGUCUCAGGUAGCAGCUUACCUGUCCACAUCAGCGGGAUGCCUUUUCGCUCCUCAUUCGACGACUGUUCGUUUUCUGCCAUGGUGGAAGAAGCGAUGCGUUCGCCCUCUCCUUCGUCCUCCAGCCGGGCAGGAGGGAGGAAAGCGUCUCCCCGGAGCGACGGAGAGUUCUCCCCCCACUCCCACUUCAGUGACUCGGAUGAAAUAGCGAUGGAGCUCCACUCAAGUGAAGAGGACGACCACCCUCACCACAAAGUUUCUUUCUGAACGCUUAAAAACUAGAAUAACAGACUUUAUUUUAAUUCCACUAUAGAGCUCAACAUUCAAGCAUUCUGUAAAUGGUGUCAACACAGCCUAUUCUCUCUGUUGCUAACAAAAAGUCGUUUAGGAGAUAGAAAGCUUCUUCAUAAACGUCAUUACAUUUGAAACAACAAUUAAAGCCUAUUUUAUCAACUUGUAGCCUAAUCUAAAAAUGUUUUUUUUUUAAAGUGUGAUAGGCCUAAUUCGGUUCUGCCAAGAGAUGAAGGCCUUUAUCCUAUAAUUUCUAGUUUCCAUGGAGACGUGGCUGGAAGACCCCUCUGCCAUGUCGCGCGCAGCACUGCCAUGGGUAUCUCCCACGUCACUCCGACCAAAAAGCUGUCUUCCACAAAUUCAUAUCUUUAUGGAUAAUUGCUGAAAUGUUAUUUUGAAAACAGUUUUGUAGCUAAAAUAAUUUUUGUUGUGAUUUAUUGUUUUAUAAUGUAUUUAGUUUUGCAACUUCAAAAGUUCAUGAUGUGCAC